GUUUCCGCUGACGAUUGGUUUGAUUUUGAUGUGUUGAUGAUCUGCCUGGCUUUAAAGAGCGGAGGCGAGAGCAGGCUCUAAUUGUAAAUAAAUUAAUUUGGACUGGCUUCCAGCUGUACAGCGAAUUACUGAACUCAUUGCUCGUCAGCCAAUUCUGAGAGAUCUUUAGGACUGACUAAGCCAAAUAAUUUUUUGACAACACUAACGCUAAAAUGGGAGGUAAAAGGGAGCAGCCAGAUUCUUUAAAGAAAAUACUGGAGUUGGAUAUUACGCUGACAAACAAGUUUUGCAGCUGGGCAAAUAACAUUACAGCCCUGAGAUCAUUGAAAAACCACGGAAGAGGACUAGAGAUUUCCUGUCAUGGAAUUCCUUGGUUGUGCUUGGUUCUGAUGAUUAUGUGGUUUUCAUCGAGUUCUGAAAUCCAACACAUGGCAAUCAACCUCCUGCUUGGAUUGAUUGUGGACAUCAUUUUGGUGGCUUUAAUCAAGUCUGCGACCCGCCGGCGCCGACCAGCUGCAGGAGCCAAUGAUAACUCCAUGAUGAUGGUGGGUCCGGACAAGUUCUCCUUCCCGUCGGGACACGCCACUCGAGCUGUGUUCCUGGCAGGCUUCUUCAUCUACCUGUGGCCCGUGUCCUUCAUCUUCUACCCUCCGCUGGUCGCUUGGGCCACUGCGGUUGCCAUUUCCAGGGCACUCAUGAGGAGACACCACCUGCUGGACAUCGGAGCAGGAGUCUUCCUUGGACUUUUUGAAACAUUGCUCAUGGCUCUGUUGUGGAUCUCAGAAAGCUGGGCCCAGUACUUCUAUUCAAUUUUGUCUGAUGAGGUUCACGAAGGUGGCAGCUUCCAUGUGUGAUUUCUUUGUAAUCGAUACCAAAUAUAACGUUUUUAAUAUUAACCGUGCUCAAUCCAGGAAGUAAUUGACUGAAACUGGUGACGAUGAUCAAACUGUCUGCUUUAAAAAAAUCUCCCAGACAAAAGCACCAGUGUAGAGUUCUUUCGGUAUCCAGCCAUAACUUAAACAAGCUAUGCGAUUAAUUUAUCUUAUUCAGUAGUAGUUAUUCAAGUUUUUUCUUAUAUGCGAAAUAAAUGGCGAUGUCAAUUU